AGAACGCGUUCGAUGAGUGCGCUCACUCGAACACACUGUUUGUGCACAUCGUCUCUCUCUCUCUCUCGCGAGAUCCACGAAAAUGGCUUCGAGAUUGAUGUGGGCUUCUAGGGUUGCUUCUCACCUCAGGAUCUCCGUCUUCCAACGAGGCUUUUCUUCCGUGAUUCUGAAGGAUCUGAAAUACGCUGAUUCACACGAGUGGGUGAAGGUUGAUGGGAAGAAAGCCGUUGUAGGGAUAACGGAUCACGCGCAAGACCAUUUGGGUGAUGUCGUCUAUGUGGAAUUGCCCGAGGUGGGUCGUUCGGUGUCGAAAGGUGAGAGCUUUGGGGCGGUGGAAAGCGUCAAAGCUACCAGUGAUAUCAAUUCUCCGGUCUCUGGUAAGGUGUUGGAAAUCAACGAGAAGCUGAAUGAUUCCCCGGCCCUGGUGAACUCAAGCCCUUAUGAGGAGGGAUGGAUCAUCAAGGUGGAGCUGAGUGACUCAGGCGAGUUGAACAAUCUGAUGGACUCGGAGAAGUACACCAAGUUCUGUGAAGAAGAAGAUGCCAAGCACUGAAACUUUCCGAAAUCACUAAGGAACGAAAUCUUUCGAAAUCGUUUCCCGGGCAAACCAAGACUCGGAUCAAGACAAGAGCAAACGCGAAAGUUCAGAUCGUCGAUGUUUCUGUCUGAAAUGAUUCAGUAUUUUUUUUUAAAAGCCAUGUUUAUUGAUUGAUGGAGAGAAUAAAAGCUUUGGCCUUUCAUGGUUCAAUGCAUUGGAUAUGUUUUGGGUUUUUCA